AUGGCUUCAAGUGGGUCUGAUCUUUUCGAUGGACAAGUAGAGGAAAACAAGAAUUUCCAUGAAAACUUCGGAGAAAUGCUGUCAACUCUCCCUAAAGGCUUGGGAGCUGGUGGGUGUUACUACCAAUACCAAGGCUUUUGGUAUUCCAGCGUUUGGCUUUUAGGCACCAUUUGGGCACAACGAAGUUUCAGGGCUAGAGACACUGACAUUCUCUUGGCAGCCUCUCCAAAGUCCGGUACAACAUGGAUGAAGGCCCUAAUGUUUGCUAUCGUAAAUCGAAAGUGCUACCCUCAUCUUCCAUCAUCAUCAUUGGCAUCCCAUCCGUUGCUCACAAAAAGUCCACACAAUUGUGUACCAUACCUAGAGGUUCGUGAUGAAGAGCACAUGAUUGGAGGCAAUCCAAUCGCCUACCUAGACUCUCUUCCACCAUCAUCACCUAGAUUGCUUUCAACCCACAUUCCAUACACAUCGUUACCAAAAUCCAUUUUGAGUGAUUCGGGUGGUCGAAUUGUGUAUAUUGCUAGGAACCCAAAAGAUGUUUUUGUUUCUUACUGGAGCUUCUGCCAGAAAUUUAAAUCCAAAACUGACCAAUCAAAAGGGCAACCACUAGCAGCAAUUUCCAUGGAAGAGGCAUUUGAGUUGUUCUGCAAAGGGGUUUCAAUUACAGGCCCCUUUUGGGAUCAUGUUCUCGACUACUGGAAAGCGAGCUUGGAACGCCCUGAUCAGGUAGUGUUUAUGAAGUACGAGGAUAUGAAAAUGGACACAAUGCAGCAUGUGAAGAGGUUGGCUGAGUUCAUGGGGCAUCCUUUUUCGUUAGAGGAAGAGAGGCAAGGCGUUGUGCAAGAAAUUAUAAACUUGUGCAGUUUUCAGAAUUUGAGUAAUUUGGAGGUGAACAAAAGUGGGGCAUAUCAUGUCCAUAUCGCGUCCCAAACGGGGCAAACACCUUUGCUGGUGAACAACAGUGCCUUCUUCAGACGAGGAGAGGUUGGAGACUCCAAGAACCAUCUAACGGUUGAGAUGCUUGAGCAUCUUGACAAAAUCACAGAGGAAAAGUUGGGUUCUUUUGGUUUGAAACUUUAG